AUGCCAGUGGGGAUUCAAGGUGUUCAGGAGUUGAAUUGGACCACCCAGAAUGAGCAACUGGCUCCUCUUCGACAGGAGUAUCAGAAGAGGAUGAAAGAGGAUCGCAGACCAUUGACUCCGUUCUCCAUGACAGACUCAAAUGGAAACGAGCUGCUACUUGCUGGGCUCCAAGAGGAGACCCUUAUCAUCGUGGACAAGACCAUGCUGUCAGCUGGUCUUGUCAAGUACACCCAUCACACAUUUGACAUAGGCUGCUUGGAUCGGGCCAAAUGUUCGUGGCAGUUGUUUGUCAAAGUCACGCAUCGAGACUUUUUGCGUUCCUGUUUUCGGACAAGUCAGGCUCCAGUCGUGAGUGUCGAAAGUCUUUCGGGCAAGCGAAUCGUUCAGACUGACUCUUUGCAGAAAGACAUGGCUGUAGCCAUCAUGACGGCGAUGCGGAUCUUCUCCGAAGCCCGGCGUUUUGUACAUCAUCCAAAGCGAACAGAAGCAGCCGUUCUUAUCGAAACGAUUAGGCGGGGGGAGUUUUACAUGAAUUCAACCGUUAUUGAUGAACAGACUGCUGUGACUCCUGAAACGCUCCCCCCUAGUGAUGGCGACGGCUCGGCAGCGAGAGAUGGCAGUGUAUGCGGUCUUUCUGCCGGCCCCGAUUCUCUUUCACACGCAGACAGCUCUCAGUCAGGACCAUCCCAAUCUUCAUCUCCCCCAUCGUCUGCCUCUUCUUCAAACAUCAUGGAUGACCCGUUGAAUCAAGACACCGUGGUGGAUGUGCAGGGCGUCCCCACAAAGAAGCGCAAGAAGACGACGAAGGCCAAAAAGAAACCCACAAAAACAACAGCCCGAAUCCAGACCAUGUCAAAUGAGGGAGAACAGCAUUCAGCGGACAAAGAAUGCUCUGGAGCUGCGGACAAGAUGGCGGCCAUCACAAUUUCUGGAUCACCCUCCAUUCCAUCACCAGCCUCGGCUCCCCCGCCGCCUGCUGUUCAGUCUGGCGGAGGAAAUUCCGCAAAGAGUACAAGCGCAUCACUGUCCGGGGAGUUGAAGCAGAAGGGCAAAGCAAAGAAACCCGGUAAGACUCCUGCAGCCAAGGAGCUGGAGCAAGAUCUUGAUGAUGCUGUUUCUCAAAAUUCAAGUGAUUCUGAUCGGACGGUUACUCGAGCAGAGUUAUCGAGCAGCGAUGCUAUCGCCACCAGCUCUUCUAGCAAAGGUCAACAGGUCAAGCAACAUGGGGAAGGGACUGAGAAGGACAAGGGACAAACCAAAAAGAAGGAUGUUGAGAAUCCCAAGACGACUUCUCACACCCAGGCAAUCAGUUCCACACGAGAAGGCACAAAGCCGUGGAAUCACGGCCAGCCUGGCGAUGAAGAGCCUCACCCUCCCGCUGAAUUCAAAUUCGAUAGCUUCGAUCCACGUCUGAGAUGUUUGAAACCUGACUGCCGUAAGAUGACGAGUUGCUGGGACAGCGCCGUGGUCAUCUGCCCUGCCUGUGGCACCGACAGCUUCACCCGCUACUGCAGAAAGCAGCACCUGUAUGGUGACCUCCAGCGCCAUUGGGUCAUGGAAUGUGGGAGGAACACGAUCGCGGGACCAAUCGAUCGAGACACGAUUCGCGCCAGACAACUCCCCCAACGACCAUAUGUUCGUGGCCAAUACCAUAACAUUGUCGAGCGUCACAGACAGGCGGUCUACCGCGCAAUGGAAGACGCAGAUUACUUCAUCUUCAAAGACAUCGAGAUGCUCGACGAGAGCAUUGUGCAACCGACACAACAACAAUGGAAUUCGGUGCGUGGCACUGGCGAGGUGGCACUGCAAAUCAUCUUCCCCGAUGACAUGACGCCGCAAUCCGACAAGCAGCUUUUCAACUACCACAUCCAGCGCAUUUUGUCGGUCGGCAAGCCGCUGGCCGGGGACAGCUGUAUGAGGGCCUUGGAGAUGAUCCGUUCGGCACUGGUCAUGUCGGGGAGCUGGACUGAGGAGGCAUUGACCUACCUGUGCAUCCAAUUGACAGGUGAAUGGGGUGACUUCAAGGUGCCAGAGCGCUUUUACAACGUGGAGGAGGUGAACACAAUGUGGCAAAUGCAUUAUCUACUGCCCAUGGCGUGA